AAACUUGACUACUUGCCUCAAAGGAAACGAAUCCAUUUAGGUACGUUCCAUUGUUGGCUUUAUUCGGCCCCAAUCACCUCCAACGGACAAACCUUGAAAGCUAUUGUGCGCGUCCCGAGUAACGCCCUUUGUUGUGUUCUCCGAGGGUGACUUAUCUGCCCAUUUGGACUCGUCGACCCAUGACAGCAUCUGGAGGUUACUUGAGGGCCCGUCAACCCCGGGAGAGACGUUCAGACUCGCCUGAACACACCCCUAAGCCUCAAUAUCACGACGACCCAUCAACCCAUGCUUCAACUCCCCACAACAUACAGAAUAUAAGCCUCUCAUUGAACACACAGAGUUCACGCUAACCACCAUAAUAGCACAACAACCAUCACGAUGAAGUCCUCGGUCUUCCUCGCCGCUUGCGGCGCCAUCUUGGCCGUCGCCAGCCCCAUCCUCCAGGGCCGCAAGCUUUACGUCAAGACAGAUGUCGUUACUGAAUGGGUCACCGUCACGGUGACUGACGGCGAUACUUCCACCACCUUCCGCCGCCCUAGCCCCAGGCCUCCCAAGCCCACUACGACCACAACCCCUGCGGAACCUUCUACCACUGCCGCGCCUCCUCCCCCUCCCCCGCCUCCUGCUUCGACCCCCGAACCCGUCGUCGAAGCCGCUUCCAAGCCCACCCCUUCGCCCGAACCUAAGCCGUCCCCCAAGCCUUCUCCCAAGCCUUCUCCGGUCGUCGAAAAGCCCAAGCCCGCUGAGCCCUCGCCGGACCCUAAGCCCGCGCCCGCCCCUUCGCCUACCAAGGAUGAGACCACAAAACCCUCCGACUACUCUAGCACCGCCGUCUACCACCACAACGUUCACCGCUUCAACCAUUCCGCCAGCGCCCUCGAGUGGAGCGAUGAGAUUGCUGGUUACGCCAAGACCCUGGCCGAGAGAUGCGUCUUUGAGCACGACACCGAUAUUGGCGGCGGCGGCUACGGUCAAAACCUUGCCAUGUGGGGCUCGAGCGAGGAUCCCGAAGCCUUUGGCGCCACCGCGUCCGUCGCUCGCGCGACCAGCAACGGCUGGUACAACGGCGAGCUGAAUCUCUUCCCCGCCGGCGACUAUGGCAAGGACAGCCCCAACAUGGCGAACUUCAAGAAGUGGGGUCACUUCUCGCAGCUCGUCUGGAGGGAGACUAAGAAGGUUGGCUGCCACAGCCACUUCUGCCCCCCUGGCACCAUGUCGGGACUGGGCUCCUGGUACACUGUCUGCAACUACUCCCCUGCCGGCAACAUGGGUGGUGCGUACGCCGACAACGUCAAGCCCCCCCAGGGUCAAUCCAUUUAUGCGGCUGAAUAAGCGGGAAUUCCCGCCGUCAUUUACCAAGACGCCAUCGUCUUAUCUACAAAGCCCGACAAACAGCGGCGGCCGUUUAGUUUUCGCUUCAUGU